AUGGCUAGCUGCUGCAACAUGGCAUCGGCUGCUUCAGGUUUCUUGCUAACACCCAAUGUUUCUGCAGGGACUUCUAAGACCAACAACAACAACAUGGUGUUUUUCCCAUCCAAGACCAACAACACCUCAAGGCUUGUUGUGAGGGCAGCUGAUGAGGCUUCACCACCACCACCCUCUCCAACCCCAGCAACCACCACUGCACCACCUGAAGGGGGUGAAGCUCCUAAGCCUAAGCCACCACCAAUAGGACCAAAAAGAGGCACCAAGGUGAAGAUUCUUAGGAGGGAGUCCUACUGGUACAACAGCUAUGGAUCAGUUGUUACAGUUGACCAGGAUCCCAAGACUCGGUACCCAGUUGUGGUUCGAUUCAACAAAGUUAAUUACGCCAAUGUAUCUACCAACAACUACGCAUUGGAUGAGAUUGAAGAAGUUAAAUGAGUCACUGUUUCAUUUUGUAAUAAUUUUGGGUUUCAAUGAUCCUAUGGCUAAUAUAUAUAUCGUCUUCCCCCCUCUAUCUGGCUUUGAGCUUGUUUCUACCAAAAACGACGUGUACAAUACUAUCAUCUUUCUCUUUAUUUCUCUCAUUUAUUAAUGCCUUACUUUCCUAUGUUAUGUUUCAACACAUCAGUGACAAAAUUGGUGAUCAUCUGAUAAAA